ACGCUUCAGGGUGUCAACCAGUUUGCAGCUUCCUGUUUGGGUUGCUGCUAGAGCCAAGGCGCCUCUGUGAACGGUUUCUCUGUCUACUUCUCUGAAUAUUUUUUCAGCAUUUAGUUGUAAUAAGGAAUACACACACCAUUAAAGAUGUCGGAAACGGGGAACCGGCUUCGUAAACUGCUCGAAUCGCCCAAUUUCGACCCGCAAAACUACGUGAAGCAGCUGUCGCAGCAGUCCGACGGCGACAGAGAUCUGCAGGAACAUCGGCAAAAAAUCCAAAACUUGGCCGACGAAACCGCUCAGAACCUGAAGAAAAAUGUGUACAAGAACUACAGACAGUUCAUCGAAACGGCCAAAGAGAUUUCCUACCUGGAGAGUGAGAUGUACCAGCUGAGCCACAUCUUGACUGAGCAGAAGAGCAUCAUGGAGAGCAUCACUCAGGCCCUGCUGUCCACAGACAAGGACGAGACCUCCAAAGAGAUGCAGGCGGCUUUUCCCAAAGAGACGGAGGAGCUGAAGCAGAGGACGCUGACCUCCCUGCUGGAGAAAGUGGAAGGGGGUAAAAACAUCAUGGACACCCCAGGGAGGCACCUCGUCUACAAUGGUGACCUGGUGGAGUUUGAUGUGGACAACAUGUCCCCCAUCCAGAAGGUGCAUGCUUUCCUCAUGAAUGACUGUCUGUUAAUUGCCACCUGGCUGCCCAACCGCCGUGGUACAGUUAAGUAUAAAUACAAUGCCCUGUACGACCUGGAGAGCUUUGCGGUGGUCAACGUAAAAGACAAUCCGCCCAUGAAGGACAUGUUCAAGAUCCUCAUGUUCCCAGACAGCCGCAUCUUCCAGGCAGAGAACAGCAAGAUCAAGAAGGAGUGGCUGGAGAUCCUGGAUGAAACCAAGAAAAACAAAGUCUCCAAGGACAGACAUAAGAAGGAAGAGGAGGUCCCUACUUCUCCUGUAAGAGCUGAGGUGUCUACUAACCCCUUCGACAUAGAUGAUGAUGAUGAACCGGUGGAUGCUGAGGAAAACGUGGACCUCAGCCUUGAGUGGAUCCAGGAGCUUCCAGAAGAUCUGGACGUGUGCAUCGCUCAGAGAGACUUUGAGGGUGCGGUGGACCUGCUGGACAAGCUCAACGAGUAUCUCAAAGAUCAGCCGAUCACCCCGAAGGUUAAAGAUCUCCGGUUGAAGGUGGAUGAGCGCGUGCGGCAGCUGACGGAGGUCCUGGUGUUCGAGUUGUCUCCAGAUCGGUCACUCCGUGGUGGACCAAAAGCGACCCGGCGGGCUGUAUCCCAGCUCAUCAGACUAGGACAAUCCACCAAAGCCUGUGAGCUGUUUCUGAAGAACCGUGCCGCAGCGGUCCAGACAGCCAUACGUCAGCUUCGUAUCGAAGGAGCCACGCUGCUGUACAUCCACAAACUCUGCAACAUCUUCUUCACCAGCUUGCUGGAGACCGCCAAGGAGUUUGAGAUGGACUUUGCAGGGAACACAGGCUGCUACUCUGCCUUCGUGGUCUGGUCCAGAUCAGCCAUGAGGAUGUUUGUGGACGCCUUCAGCAAGCAGGUGUUUGACAGUAAGGAGAGCCUGUCGACAGCUGCAGAAUGUGUGAAGGUGGCUAAAGAACACUGCCAGCAGCUGACUGAGAUCGGCCUGGACCUGACCUUCACCCUGCAGUCGCUGUUGGUCAAAGACAUCAAAGCCGCCCUGCACAGCUACAAGGACAUCAUCAUUGAAGCCACCAAACACCGAAACUCUGAGGAGAUGUGGAGGAGGAUGAACCUCAUGACACCCGAGGCUUUGGCUAAACUCAAGGACGAGAUGCGCAGCUGUGGUAUAAGCUUCGAGCAGUACACUGGCGAUGACUGCUGGGUGAACCUGAGCUACACCAUCGUGGCCUUUACUAAGCAGAUGAUGAGCUUCUUGGAGGAAGGUCUGAAGCUCUACUUCCCUGAGCUGCACAUGGUGCUGCUGGAGAGUCUGAGGGAGAUCAUCCUGGUGGCCGUCCAGCAUGUGGACUACAGCCUCCGCUGUGAGCAGGACCCCGAGAAAAAGUCCUUCAUCAUGCUAAAUGCCACCUUCCUUCAUGACACGGUGCUGCCGGUGGUGGAGCGGAGGUUUGAGGAAGGCGUGGGGAAGCCGGCCAAACAGCUACAGGACUUGAGAAAGAGCACGAGGCCGGUUCGAAUCAACCCUGAGAGCACCACGUCUGUGGUCUGAGACUGAUAGGGAGGCAUGAGACUGCAGUAAAGGACAAAAAACACGUGCACACUCUUUUACUAACUGUUCUAGCAAUGUCAUCUUCCACUUAAGAAAUAAACACAACACUAGAUGCUGGCUCAUUCGAUACUACAGGACAGUAAAUGACCGGGUGCAUCAAGCUACUUGCACCUGAAUUUGUGGACACCUAUUAUUAUUGACUAAUGAUAAAAAAUCAACAGAUUUUUUGUAGUAUUUUCAAAAAUUCUGCAUCCCGCAUCCAGUAUUCUUGAGCAGUGGAGAUGUUCCAUUUGUCAGGAGUGGUUCUUCAGGAUCAUCAAAGACCUGUAAUGAAUAUAGUCCAACAGCUGAUAACUUAAAUUUAUGAUCAAUUAUGUGUAGUUCUGUGCAUCUGUGUGCCCUGUAUUCUUAAAUUUAACUACACCAUGGAUGCCAGGUACCUGUAAACCUCUGCUCUUAAUGGAAAACGUGUACUCGCCAUGCAAGCUAAUGGCUAUGCUGGUUCAAAGUUUGUGAGGGAUAAAUUAUGUUAGAUUUCCCCUUUUUUGAUCGCCACUAUAUUCUUAUUAGACAUGAAAGCAUUCUAGCAUACUGGGACUGAUUUAAAGGGAUGACUAAAAAGAAUUGCACUGUUAAAUGUUCACUUUUAGUCAAAAUGUGCAAAUCUGUGUUUAACUAACAUGGAAAUUUAAUAAAGCUCAAUAUGCACAGA